GCGCAGAAUCUUCCUCUUCGAGCAAACCUGUUAAGAGACAGAGAAAGUCUCGUUGGAGUGACGAGAAAGUGGCGACAAUGCCAUCGGAUCCCAAAUUAGUUGAGUACGCGAUCCAAGUGUUUGGAACCACAGAACUGACUGCAGACCAAUGGAAACAACUCGAAGAUCAAAGAAAAAUGAAAUUACUGUUUGAAAUGCUUCAGAAGAAGCAAAGGACGAACCAAAUGCUGGCAAAGAGUGGAAAAGUAAAGUAUGAAUACGAUUCGGACGAAGACGUGGAGGACGGCACGUGGGAACACAAGCGCCGGCGACAAGAGAUGCAACAAACGCACGGAAUCGCCAAUGUAUUGACCGAAAAUGCGAGCGGAAAGCAUCACAUCGGAGACUUCAUGCCUCCCGAAGAACUCGACAAGUUUAUGAAGAAAUGGGAAUCACUAAAGGGCGGCACAUCUCUCGCCCCGGAGUCUGAUUACAGCGAUUUGAAGCUCACAGAAGAUAACGUCGGCUUUCAAAUGCUUAAAAAGUUGGGAUGGAGUGAAGGCCAGGGACUCGGCGCGGAGGGCACCGGCACUGCCGAACCCAUUAACAAAGGUCCUGUUGGUGUGAAUAACGCAGGUUUAGGUCAAACGCGUCCCGAAGAACUCAGUGAUAGAGACGAUGAAUACGAAGCUUAUCGUAAACGAAUGAUGAUGGCCUAUAGGUUUAGACCAAAUCCAUUGAAUAAUCCCCGUCGAGCCUACUAUUAAAGUCUCAUCUAAUGAUUAAAUGUAAUUAAUUUAAACAAAUUGUGAGAAUUGCUUGUCUCAGGAAUCGCUUAAAGUUUGUAAUUUAUAUUUGAACUCA